UUUGGAGGGACGGAGGGUGAGUGGUUUCAGAAGCUGACGUCUAGGUUCUGUAGUCACCAGACGUGGGCCCUGGAACAGCUGAAGAUCAGACAGAAGAAAGACCCCCGUUUCAACGCCUUCAUACUGGAGGCAGAGAGUAGGCCUCAGUGUCGUAGGCUGCAGCUGAAGGACAUCAUCCCCACUGAGAUGCAGAGGCUCACCAAAUACCCCCUACUGCUGGAAAACAUCGCCAAGUGCACAGAGGACACCUUGGAGAAGGAGAGUAUCCAGCAGAGUGCAGAGUGCUGUAGGAAGAUCCUCAACCACGUCAACGAGGAGGUCAAACAGAUGGAGAACCUGCUGACACUGAAAGACUACCAGCGCAGGCUGGACACCUCAGGACUGAAGCCCAGUAACGAGCUGUACCUGGAAUACAAGAACCUUGACCUGGCCCAGAGAAGGAUGAUCUAUGAGGGGCCUCUGACCUGGAGAGUGACCAAGGAGAAAACUUUAGACGUGCAGUGUGUGUUGCUGGGGGACCUGUUGGUGCUGUUACAGAAGCAGGAUGAUAAGAUGGUGUUGAAGUGUCAGAGUAAAAGUAACAUUGCUGUUCAGGAGGGCAAGCAGAUGCUCAGCCCUAUCAUCAAACUAGACUCUGCCUUCCUCCGAGAGGUGGCCACAGAUCGUAAGGCCUUCUACGUGAUCUUCACCUGGGACAGCGGGGCUCAGAUCUACGAACUGGUGGCUCAAUCUGUCGGGGAGAGGAAGAACUGGACAGAUGUGAUCAAGACGGCGGUAGAUGAGCUGAAGAAGAAAGGACCUCCGCCUGACCUGAAGAGAGGAAACAGCAUCCUAACUGGAGGAAACCCAUACAGCCCCACCACGUUUCUUCAACCCCCUCUCAGCCCCACAGAAAAUGGAGGAGACUCGUUGAAAAACAGCAUUGAAAGAGAUAAGGACAGCCUGACUGAUGAGAUUAAGUCUGUGGACUCUCGUCAUUCGCUGAUUGAUUACCUCUUGGACAAAGGCUUCGACUUGAUUGGCCACAGCAACAGCGAUCAGGUGAAAGUGGCCAAUAGCGCGUUAAAUGAAGUCAUGUCUCUCAAGAGGCUAUUGGUUGGCAGCAUCAGCCUAUCAGAGGACUCACAGCUUGAUGAGGAGAAUGGAAGGGAGGGGCCAGAGAGCCAGGACCAAGGACUGGAAGGGGAGGAGGGAGGAGGAGGAGGAGAGGAUGGGGGGAUCAGUGCUCCCCUGGUUCUGUCCCAGGAGAGGAUGGAGGAGGUGCGCCGGAAACUGCAGAGUCUGGAGGUACAGCUGAAGAGACUACAGAGUGUUGAGGAAGAGCACCACCGGCUGCAGCAGGUCCUGUCUAAGUUCUCCCUGGAGGGAGGCAACUUCUAGUGAGAUACACAGCGCCACCUUCGGGACACCAGAUCACUGUAAGUGCUGGAUUGGAGUGCUAGAGUUGCUUUUGGAGGAUUGAUGAAUGCGUCCUGGAAUUUCCUAUUUACUAAACACUCUCUGUGCUCCACUGCCAUGCCUGAGCCCUUGUUAAAGAUUUACAUGGGGUCGCAGACAACCGCGAGGCCCUUGCAAGGCGGAGGAGGAGGGCUUUGCGCAAAGUAGUUGAGUAAUGCAAUGUGGGAGGUGUGUGUGUGUGUGUGUGAAUAUACUAGUGUGUGCAAGUGAGUGAGCGUGUGAGAGAGGGGAGUUUUGCAAACAGGUGCCAAAGAUUAGAGCAGUAGUUUGCUGUGAGAGAGAUGCUGCCUAUGCUUAUUGAUUGUGAGCUGCUGCAACACACAUACACACACAACAGAUACUUCCCCCAGUGUAUGUUCAAUAUAUAUAUUUAUAUCAUUGCCAACUGUAGGGGUUUGGACUGUAUGAUAAACCCCCAUGUAUGCAUGUCGAGAGAGAUACUAGUGUCAGCCCUAUAGAGGGCGAUGUAGAGCUGUAGAACCAGACAUAGGAACAUGCUCAGGGUUGUGAAAUUCUGGUAACUUUUCCAAAAUUCACAGGUUUUCUCAAAAUCCUGGUUGGAAGAUUCCUGGAAUAAGGAGGAAUUCUUGGAAUCCUUCAACUGGGGAUUUCUGGAGAAGCUGGGAUUUUUGGGAAAGUUACCUGGAACUUUCCAAACCUAGACAUGCUACUGCACAUUUAGUGGGCCCCUAUAUCCAGUACAUGCCAAAGUACAGCAGAGAUGCACUUUUAAGUUAGUAUAAUCCAAUUCAAGUGACCACCCAUACUGAAUUCCCAACAUUGAUUUUGAUAAUAUUUAUUACUAUUAUUAUAAUAAAUUAUUUAUGCCAUUUAGCAGACGCUUCUAUCCAAAGUGACUUAGUCAUGCGUGC